AUGGACGAUAGUGAUGUGGCACUUACAACUCCAGAGGAUAGCUCAGCAGAGGCAUCUUCGACGGAUGAGUCCUUUAUCGAUGAAACCACAACUACCGGGUUCAAAAGCGACCACACAUGCCGACAGCACGACGCAUUCCGUCAAUGGCGACCGCAAUACCAUAUCUUAGCCCCUGGCGGUUGGAUGAAUGAUCCGUGUGCUCCAGGCUACGAUGCUAGAAGAGGCUUAUAUCAUGUCAACUUUCAAUGGAACCCUAAGGGCAAUUCCUGGGGAAACAUAUCUUGGGGCUCUGCGCAAUCUCCAGAUCUGGUUCAGUGGACCGUGUCCCAAACUCCUUCUAUAACCCCGACGGCAGCACUGGAUAUCUGCGGUGUUUUCACGGGCUGCAGCUUACCCAAGAACAACAUCACCCAUUCAAUGACCGCCAGCGACAGUAAACUUACAGCAUUCUACACAUCGGCACAAAAACUUCCAAUCAGCUACAGAAAACCCUACACUCGUGGCAGUGAGCAGCUUGCUGUGGCCAUGUCUCCAGAUAAUGGCCGAACGUGGGAGCGAUUAUCCAGCAACAACAUCUUGACCGAGCCGCCCGCCGGCUAUGACAUAACAAGUUGGCGUGAUCCGUUUGUGAACACCUGGGAAGGCCUUGAUAUGCUGCUUGAUGAUGGAAAGCACUGGCUCUAUGGGACUUUGUCGGGCGGCCUGAGGGGACAGACACCUACCAUAUUCCUGUACCGUAUCGAUCCGAUCAAUACGACACAAUGGGAAUUUCUAUGUCCUUUAAUCGAAAUAACGCUCAACUUCAGCCCGUCGCAGUGGUCUGGCGAUUUUGGAGUCAAUUGGGAGGUAUCAAACUUCCUCACUCUCCGUGGAGAAGACGGCACACAGUAUGAGGUGCUCAUCACCAGUGCCGAGGGAACUCUAGAAGAUUUCACAGGAGCGGAGCUUAGCAAAGAUCACCGGCAGAUGUGGAUGUGCGGAACACUUCAAAAGACAAGAGCCGGCCAGCCAGAAAUGAGAUAUCGCUAUGGCGGCACUCUAGAUCAUGGGUCCUUUUACGCUGCAAAUGGCUUUUGGGACCCACGGAGCAAGCAUUUCGUGACAAUGGGUUGGAUUUUUGAGGAAGACCUGCCUCAGCCCCUGAUUGAGCGCCAAGGUUGGAGCGGAUGUUUAUCGAUUCCUCGCAUUGUCAUACUGAAGACAUGGAAGGGUGUAAUCGGAACGCUGCGGUCUGAGUUGUCUGCUUUGACCUGCUUCGAGGACACUCUGGAGGAAGAUGGCACCCAUACCAUGCGCACGGUGAGCGCUGUUCCAGACCCUUAUCUGAAGAGUUUGCGGGGCUCUAAGAUAACUGCGAGCAGGUCGCGCAACUGGGAAUACUUCUUCAACAGGCCGUGUGGACAGUGGGAGCUCGAAGCUGCAUUCGAGGUCAACGACAGCGCUCUUCGUGUUGGCUUCGAUAUCAUCCACUCGAACGACAACGCUCAGUGCACCAGAGUGUAUUUCGAGCCUAGGUCCGAGACCCUUGUUGUCGAUCGCUCAAAUUCAACAACCAUCGAAGAAAUCAACACCAAGACAAGAAGCGCGCCACAUACGCUUUUCAUUAUUCAACAGGGCUACACGACCCGACGUGAGGAGCUGACACUACACUUGUAUUUCGAUGUGAGUGUCCUCGAGGUAUUUGCAAAUGCCAGGACUGCGCUCACAACCAGAGUUUACCCUGACGCGGCCUCUGGGUUAGGAUCGUGUCUCGGUGUUCGGCUGUUUGUCGAAACGGAAUUUGAAUCCGCCUUAGCAGUGCGAGCCAGCGCAAGCCACGAGUUAUCGGUUGCGCGCUGCGAUCUUUGGGAACUCCAUUCCGCCGUUUCCUAUCCUUUGCACUGA